GCCCAGGUAGCUCCUCGGUCUAGGGAGGAGGGGGCAGAAGGCUGAAGGCAGGAUAUAUAUACCUACCUACCUCUAAGUACAUACCUGUGUAUAGAGGUAGUCGGAGUUCUCGCUACGACGUUUUGUACAGGGAGAAAGGUACUGGACAUCUCGGAGCCGUCCAUAAUCUAGUCCACAUCCCCUCUAUCUCUACGCCCCCCACGCGACACUAUGGCGGCGAAUUGCACCAUCGCGCCGGAGGCCGUCCCGAGCGAUGCUGGCGUCGCGGGCAUCGGUGUCCUCCUCUCCUUCAUAGUUACCGCCGCCAUAUCACUGCUCAUCAGCGCCUCGCUCGUGUUCCAGGAAGUGCGCUACACCCGUAACCGCGCCAGCGCCUCCCCGUCUUCCUCCUCUACCUUGAAGCCUUCGACCCUGCGGCGCAAGCUUCUCAACGCGUACUCCGACCAGCAGAUCCUGACCGGCAUCGGAAUCCAGAGCGUGGGCCUAGCCAAGACGUCGACCAUGUCGCAGUACCACUUCUUUCUCGUGUGGAUGCUCUCGCUACUCUCGAUGGCCGUCCACAACGCGACUCUGCUCGCGCUGGCCCGCGAUUUCCGCCGCGACUGGGUCCUGCGCUGGAUGCGCCAGGCCCUCAUGCUCGCCAACCUCGUCCUGUCGAGCGUCUAUGGAGCCUUCGUCCUGCAGGCUGUCCGCCGCGGGCUCAGCAACGCGACCCUGCCCGUCGCGUGCGCGUGGCGCGGCGACACCGUCGUCCCGCCCGGCGGCAACGGUGGCGACAAUGUCGGCUUGUCCUACUUCGGCACCAUCGCCGUCAUCACCGGCAACAUCGUCGUCUUCGCCCUCGCCACCUGGUACCUGCACAGUCGCGCGCGGCGUCUCUACGCUGUCUUCCGUGUCGUCGGCUUGCUGCUCAUGCUGGCCAGCGCCGUCGGCGCCACGGCGCGCGUCGUCCUCCUUGCUGAUGCCUUCUCGGACGCGACGCCCAUCCCGCUCGCCGACCCCGGGGAGCGCGACUGGAGCUUCGGCCAGCUAUUGUCCGUCGGCAUGCUGCUGCUCCCGCUCGUCUCGGCCGUCGAGAUCCUGCGUGGCGAGAUACGCUGCGCGCCGCCGGUCGCGGUCGAGGGUGCCGAAGGUGACGACAGAGCCUGGGACGGGAGGCUGCUGGGGGAGCGGCGUGAAGAAGAGGAGGAGGAGGAGCUGCGAUCUAACUCCAACAAGGGAAGGAUGGCGGCGGCGUCGACCGCCGAGUUCCAGCCGAAUCCGUUCUGGAGCUCGCAGAUGAGCUUGUCCCGCAAAUGAGUAGGUGGUGACAAGCCCGCAGAUGCCCGGUAGAAGAUGAAUAUGGAUUACGAUAUAGACAAGGUCGAGGCGAAUAGCGUUAGAUACCCCCCAUUUUGCGAAUGGAUACCUACUUAUGAGUGAUUUACCUAUCUACUUUCAGCCCCCGCGCGCGAUGGUUGAUGAUACAUAUAUCAUGACCAUCUGACUAUUAUAAGCGCGAGAAGUAAUAGCGAGUCCCAAACACGAUCUGCCUUAAGUCUAACGUUAGGUAUUCGAAAUAGGCGUGGACGACCCGCCAAGCAUCCUAGGACCCCCUACUCCAACCCCUACGUGGAGAACUCAGAGAGGGGUUACGUUCCGAGGUUCAGGUCGAAAUCGGUAGAUGCGCGUGAGGUGAAUACAACGUCGCCACCCCCUCUCCCUCCGCCUGGUUCAUCUAUAAUCGAGCUCGAC